UCAAUAGCGCCUGGUGGGGCAGCGCAGCCCUGACUUCCCCCUGGGCCCCGUGAACAGCUCCCACGGGGGGAAGUACAGGUGCUAUGGUGGUCAGGACUCCUCCAUGUGGUCAGCCCCCAGCGCCCCACUGGACAUCCUGGUUGCAGGAAUGGUCCAGAAACCAUGGCUGCAGGCACAGCCGGGGCCCUCGGUGCCACAAGGAGCUGCCGUGGCCCUGCGCUGUGGCUCUGAUGAGGCCUUGGACACCUUCCUCCUGCACAGGGAGGGCUCAGACACUCCUCCCCAGCGCCUGCGUGUGCAGGGCACGGCCACGCCUGCCCAGGUCACCUUCACACUGAGUCCUGUCACCUCAGCCCAUGAGGGCACCUACAGGUGCUAUGGCUCCCACAGCACUGACCCCUACCUGUGGUCACAGCCCAGUGACCCCCUGCAGCUCGAGGUGUCAGGUGAGUCCCAGCCCAGUGUGCUCUGUCCUCUGGCUCAGUGCUUGGCUGGACUCCUGGAGAGUUCCCUGGGGAGAGUGCCCAGAUGGGAUCCACCCUGUCAGGGACAGCACCAGGCUGCCCGUCCUGUUGACCCUCCUGCAACCACCCUGACCCCAGGAGAGGAGGACUCGGGGCUGAGCCCAGGGCUGAGGCCACAGGGCCUGGGCGUCCUGCGGCCCUCCCACAGAGCACCCAAGAGCAGGGAGCUGCUGCCACCUCGAGCACUAUGCCAGGCUCACCCUCUGUGGCACUGGAUGCAGCUGGUGGGGACCCCAGUCUUCCAACCAGCUCUGAAUGUCACUAUACUAGAUGUGGCAUUUGAAUCAUGUCUCAUAUUGUAAAGAAAUAA